UAAGAAACUAGCCAUUAUCUUUGGUAUGGCUGAAAUUAUCCUUAUAUUUUUAACUUAGUAAUAGUUAGUACGUAUCAUUAUUACAUGAAAAAUAAUGUGUAUAAUUUAGUUUGUUGGUAAUGAUUUGGCAUUGUUUACAAAUCAUAUGUAAUGAAAUUAUUUAAAACCAAGCAUUAACCAAUUAACCAAAACAAUUUACUGGUAAACACCUAAUUGAAUUUUCACCAAAAUUAAGAUUCUGUUUUAAAUGACAGAGCAAAUAGAAAUCAGAUAACCAUAUGUACACUUCCAUAACCCAAAAUAAUCAACCAAAAGCAAUGCAAAAAGAAACAGACCAAUAUUAGCCGAUGAUUACUUACUAAUAACAAGAUUCAAGUUAUUGUGUUAAAAAAAUAGAAUUAUACUAACAGUUCAUGGAAACACAUUAUGUCUAUAUAAGCAAAUACAGUAGAUCGACACAUCUCAUAGUGUCUUAAACACAUUUAUUAAUAACACAAAAUCCUUCCUUUUAUAUACCCUGAACAAAAUAAGAAGAUGACUUGCAUUGCUUCUGUGUUUAAGGCUUUGUGUUUGUCUCUCUUGUUCGUCGCGGCCGUUGCAAGUCGUCCAACCAACAGGCCAAAGAUUUUUAACGUCCAACGCUAUGGUGCUAAAGCUAACGGAAAAACUGAUAACACCAAGGUAUGUAAAUGACCAAUAUAUAUAGAAACACACAAAAAUAAACAUUUUAUCAAUUAUGUUUUGUUUAAUUUGUCCAAAAUUAGGCGUUCACAAACAUAUGGAAAAGCGCAUGCACAAGGAAAGGUGGUAAUAGUAAAAUCUACGUACCGAAAGGAAUGUUUUAUCUCGGUGGUGUAGAGUUCGUAGGGCCAUGCGCGAAUCAGAUUGAAUUUGUUAUCGAUGGAACUUUAUUGGCUCCUUCAAACCCUAGGGACAUUAAGAACGACACAUGGAUCCAGUUCAGGUACAUUAACAAUCUUAUUAUCUCCGGUGCCGGUACACUCGACGGCCAAGGGAAAGAUUCUUGGCCACUAAAUGACUGCCACAAAAACCCCAAUUGUCCUAAGCUAGCUAUGGUACCACUUCUUAAUCCUUUUACAUAUUGCUUUAUUAUAUGACUUUACAAUGAAAAUUAUGCAAUUCAAUUAUUAUCUAUUACCCCUUCAAUUUAUAGAUUUAAUUAUCUAGAUACAAAAUGUCAUUAAAACGAGUACAUAUAUAGUUUUGAAUGAGGCAAUAUCGACAGAAUAAUAUGUCCAUAUCUUAUAUUCUAGUCUGCUAGUGUCUUACUAAACUUUAUUAUUCUCACAGACCAUGGGAUUUGCAUUUGUGAACAACUCAAGAAUCAAUGGGAUAACAUCACUCAAUAGCAAAAUGGGACACUUCAACUUCUUCUCUGUCCAUCACUUCAACAUCACUGACGUCACUAUAACAGCUCCCGGUGACAGCCCAAACACCGAUGGGCUAAAGUUUGGGUUCUGUAGCAACAUUAACAUCUCCAAGACACACAUUGGUACGGGAGACGACUGUAUUGCCAUCCUUUCCGGAACUACCAACAUGGAUAUCUCUAAUGUCAACUGUGGUCCCGGACAUGGGAUCAGUGUCGGAAGCUUAGGGAAGAACAAAGAAGAGAAGAACGUUAAUGGCUUAACCGUAAGAGACAUAGUCUUUAACGGCACUAGCGACGGCAUUCGGAUCAAGACUUGGGAGUCUUCAGCUUCGAAGAUCUUGGUUUCUAACUUUGUGUACGAGAAUAUUCAGAUGAUUAACGUUGGAAACCCUAUCAACAUCGACCAGAAGUAUUGUCCUCACCCACCUUGUCAAAAGAAGGUGAAAUUUCUACGUGCAAGAUAGAAACUUAGAUAAAAAAUUUCUCUUAUUACAAAAAAAAAAGAAAGUUGUGAUUUCAUUAUUUUUUUCAGGGAGAGUCACACGUUCAAAUCCAAGACCUUAAAUUAAAGAACAUAUAUGGAACAUCGACAAACAAAGUGGCGGUGAAUCUACAAUGUAGCAAGAGCUUUCCAUGCAAGAAGGUUGAGCUAAUUGACAUUAACCUAGAGCAUAAGGGAGUCGAGGGUGGUCCUUCCACCGCGGUUUGUGAGAAUGUUGAUGGUUCUACACGUGGCAAGAUGGUUCCUCAGCACUGCCUGAACUGAUUCAACGACCCAUGGGAACAAUAGCCGUGUGUUGUACUAUUUUAUAUUUUCUUAUGUUUUUUGUAUAAUGUCUAGUUGCUGUGUAUUCACUUCUUCUUCUUUUUCUUUCUGCUAGAUUAUGAAAGUUUUUGAUUGGUGCGACAAAGAAGUGAAUACACUUUCGUGUUUUUUCGUCUAUGGUCUAUUUUUUGUUUCGUAGGAGAAAAAAAGUAAAAUCAUAUUUUAUUAAUCAUACCUAAUUAAAGAAUAUGUAAAACUAUAAGAGAAACCCGUCUAAAAACCUCAUGAAAUAUCCUAUAAUUAAUCAAAUUAAAUAUAUUAUAUAUAGUUACGUAUUUUAAAAUUCAGAACACCAAUCCAAUAGUUUUUCGAAUAAGAUUGCUCAAAAAAUAUAUAUCUUCACUACAAAGUGAGGAUGUAGCAGAGGGUGGAUAUCUUCAAAACUAUAUAAUAACAAAAAUGUAUUUUAAAACUUACAAAUAGAGUAAAUAAAUAUGACUAGGGUGCUCUUAUUGGACCCAUUUGUUUGUUUGGGGUGCUCUAAUUGAUCUUUAUCAUAUAUAAAUACAAAUUAAAUUAUUUAGGAAUAUGAUUAUUUAUA